AUGAAGGAUAUGGGCAUAUAUUCACUGCCUAUAAAGGAACAGAAUAAAUUACAGGAACUACUGGAUAAAGUAAAAGGGUACACAGAAGCUGAGACAAAAGAAAAUCUAUCAUUGGGCACACUUGACUACCUUAGAAAGUACAGGAUUAAUAGGUAAUUUAUUAUUAACUAUCGAAUGUAUAAGACUGUAAAGUGUUUUGUAAUAUGCAUUGAUUAUUUUCAUAAUAAAACAUUAUAUAAUGAUAUUUGUCUUAUUAUACGUAUAUAACUCAAAAUUAAAUAGAAUAAGUAAGACACAAAGAGUACACAGAGCAUA